GAGGGGCGGGGAGCUCGGAUCAUGGCCUUGGGGCUCCCGGGGCUGCCGCCGCCGAUCUGCAGCUCGCCUCCGGGGCCCGGCGGCCACCAUGGGGCUGAAGGCGCGGCGCGGCGCGGCGGGCGGUAGCGCGGCCGGCGGGGCGGCGGCGGCGGCGGCGGCGGCGGGGCGGCGGGCGGCGGCGGGCGGCGUUGGCGACCCCGAGCAGGGCUCGCUGGCCCUCGGCACCGGCACCGACCGCGACGGGACGCUGCUGCUGGAGGGCGGCGGGAAGGAGGAGGGCGGCAAGCGGAGCCCGCCGGGGCUGGGGCUGCUGGCCAAGACCCCCCUGAGCCGCCCGGUGAAGCGGAACCACGCCAAGUACCGCCGCAUCCAAACUUUGAUCUACGACGCCCUGGAGCGACCCCGCGGCUGGGCGCUGCUCUAUCACGCCUUCGUGUUUCUCAUUGUCUUGGGGUGUUUGAUCUUAGCUGUCCUGACAACUUUCAAGGAGUAUGAAACUGUUUCUGGAGACUGGCUUCUCUUGCUGGAAACUUUUGCCAUUUUCAUCUUUGGAGCAGAGUUUGCUUUAAGAAUCUGGGCUGCUGGGUGUUGCUGCCGCUACAAAGGAUGGAGGGGGAGACUCAAAUUUGCCAGGAAGCCUUUGUGCAUGCUGGAUAUCUUUGUGCUGAUUGCUUCAGUGCCAGUGGUUGCUGUUGGGAACCAGGGAAAUGUUCUGGCGACAUCUCUCAGAAGCCUUCGCUUCCUUCAGAUCCUACGGAUGCUCCGAAUGGACAGGCGGGGCGGCACAUGGAAACUUUUGGGAUCAGCCAUUUGUGCACAUAGCAAAGAACUCAUCACUGCUUGGUACAUCGGGUUCCUGACGCUCAUCCUAUCCUCAUUUCUUGUUUAUCUGGUUGAAAAAGAUGUUCCUGAAAAAGAUGCUAAUGGUGUGGAGAUGAAGGAAGAAUUUGAAACAUAUGCAGAUGCACUGUGGUGGGGACUGAUCACCCUUGCUACGAUUGGGUAUGGUGACAAGACCCCCAAAACAUGGGAGGGACGUCUGAUUGCAGCUACGUUCUCUCUCAUUGGAGUGUCUUUCUUUGCUCUUCCUGCAGGCAUUUUGGGCUCAGGGCUGGCACUGAAGGUCCAGGAGCAACAUCGUCAAAAACAUUUUGAGAAAAGAAGAAAACCGGCAGCUGAACUCAUUCAGGCUGCUUGGAGAUACUAUGCUACUAACCCCAACAGGAUUGAUCUAGUUGCUACCUGGAGGUUUUAUGAAUCAAUUGUAUCAUUUCCAUUUUUCAGGAAAGAGCAAUUGGAUGGUACUGCCAGUAAUGUCAUGUUUAGUAGGGAGUCAUUCUUUGGAUCAAGCCUCACGAGAAAACUUAGCCAAAAGCUGGGUCUCUUGGAUCGGGUUCGUGGUACCAAUACUAAAGGAAAGCUAUUUACCCCUCUGAAUGUAGAUGCCAUUGAAGAAAGUCCUUCAAAAGAGCCUAAGAAUGUUGUCUUGAAUAAUAAGGAGCGUUUUCGCACUGCAUUCCGAAUGAAAGCAUACGCUUUUUGGCAAAGCUCAGAAGAUGCAGGAACAGGGGAACCCAUGGCAGAAGAGAGAGGCGACAGUAGCGAUUUCCUUAUGGAGGAUAUGAUCCCCACUUUCAAGACAGCCAUCCGAGCUGUCAGAAUACUACAGUUUCGUCUCUAUAAAAAAAAAUUCAAAGAGACAUUGAGGCCUUACGAUGUAAAGGAUGUGAUAGAGCAAUACUCAGCAGGGCAUCUUGAUAUGCUUUCCAGAAUAAAAUAUCUUCAGGCAAGAGUAGAUAUGAUUUUUACACCUGGACCUCCAUCUACUCCCAAGCAUAAGAAAUCUCAAAAGGGAGGAGCUUUUUCUUACCCUUCACAACAGUCCCCCAGAAAUGAUCCAUAUGUAGCCAAAGCAUCUACAGCAGAUACUGAAGACCAAAGUAUGAUGGGCAAAUUUGUUAAAGUUGAACGACAGGUUAAUGACAUGGGGAAGAAACUGGAUUUUCUUGUUGAUAUGCAUAUGCAUCAUAUGGAACAGCUGCAAAUACAAGUCGCUGAGAUAAGUCCAUUGAAAGAAACUGCUUCUCCUGCAAAGGAGAAGAGAGAAGAAAACAAAUAUUCUGAAUUGAAAACAAUAAUAUAUAAAUACACUGAGCAAUGUGCUCAUGAAACUCCUUACAACUUCCAGCAGGUUCCAGUCAACAAAGUCAGUCCCUAUGGUUUCUCAGCACACGGUCAUACAACUCAUUCACAACCUUUAUCAAUAGGUGGGCAAAACUCUGGCAAACUGCAAGCCACACCUUCCUCAACUUCAUAUGCAGAAAGGCCAACAGUUUUGCCUAUAUUUACAUUAAUGGACUCCCAGGUUAGCUACCACUCUCAAGGAGACCUACAAAGCCCUUACUCAGAUAAGGUGUCUCCAAGGCAGAGAAGGAGCUUAACAAGAGACAGUGAUACUCCAUUAUCCCUUCUUUCCGUCAACCAUGAGGAACUUGAGCGCUCCCCGAGUGGUUUCAGUAUCUCCCAAGACAGAGACGACUUCCCAUUUGGCCCCAAUGGGGGGUCGGCAUGGAUGAGAGAGAAACGCUACCUAGCAGAGGGGGAAACGGACACAGACACCGACCCUUUUACACCAAGUGGCUCCAUGCCUUUGUCUUCUACAGGAGAUGGGAUUUCAGAUUCAAUAUGGACCCCUUCAAAUAAGCCAGUUUAAAAGUGUGUGUGGGGGCAGUCACUGGUUGACUUCUCCGUGUAAUGUAAGCAUACUUUGUAUAUCUCACUUACUCUACACCCAAAGCUUACUAGUUCAAAACACCAAUGGCUGCAUAAGAUGCAUGUGAUAUUAGUGGUAGUCAUUCUGCACCAUUUCAUACAAUUUACUAAUGCAGUUUUUUUCAUGCUACCAAAACUAAGGAGCUUAGUUUUGAGCAUGGUUUGCAUGACUUUACCCUAUAUAAAUGGUACAGCUGAUUUCUUCUAUGAUACAUAUCUAUCUGAUACUCUUCAAUACAACAAUAGUGAAUUGAUAAAAGGCAAGAUAUGGUGGUCCUUGCUACAUUUUGUAAACAGAGCAGCAAAGUAAAAAUAUUUUCAGGAGCUAUAUCCCUUUAUGAAAACAUUACAUCUGAAUCCAUUUUCCAAUAUAAGUAAAUCAAUCUCUAACCGACUUAGACAAGAACAUCUAAUAUUCAAAGCAGGGAAAAAUCUGAGUGAAAGUAAAUGACCUUACUGAAAUGUUUUUGUGAACUAAAUGUUUCUCAUGUGAUCUCUUAUACCCAUAAAAUGCAAUGUCAAAAUGAAAUUAAGAGUAGAAUUUAAAAUUAUCAAAGCCACCUCCUGGGAUUGAUCGUGGGUAUUUAUUUAUUGUAAAAUGUAAAUAUAAAUCCCUCCGACUACUUUGAAAAUCUUCACUACUGCUUAUAAAAUUACUCAAAGCAUGAAUACAAUGCUAUUUUGUAGAAAACUUUUUGCUAAACCCAUUUGCUACUUCUGGGGCCAAAUUUUCUUUCUGUUCCAAAAAUACAGUGGUUCAGUGUAGGGAACUCCAGGUUUAUACACUCCACUCUUUUAUUGACUUUUGUGCUGCUAAGUAAGCUGCAUAAUGUAACUGUGCCUCAGUUUCCCUGUCUGUUAAUUGGGAGUUAUACUUGCAUACAUAUACACAGGUUGUAAGGCUUAAUUCACUGAUAUUUGCCACGCACUUUGAGCUCCUCAGAUGUGCAGAGAAUUGUUAUUGUGUUCCCUAAGAAUUCCACAAUGUGGGAUGCCACCAGGAUCUGUUUCUCUCUGUUUACUGUUUCUCUUGAAAAUGGACUGUUCCAAAUCCUUGAAUGUCUGCCAUAUUUAAUAUCAAUGUACUAAUACAUAAAUACCAUUUUUUUUUCACCUGUCAGGGGAUAAGCAUGCUCCCUAGGCUUGAGCCAAAUAUUUUUCAUGGGAAUUGGAAAUUAUGUUGAGGGAGAACAGGAAAACAAUCCAACUCUCUGGGAACAGGGCAGAAAUGAAACAAAAAUCUCACCACUACAGUGGAAAUGUAGUGUCUAUACAGCUAGUGAAACUAACCUGUCCAAAUAUCCUAUGCAGGAUUCAUCUGGUGUCAACAGCAUAGCAUCCAUUGAAUGUCAAGUUCGAUGGCUAUGCAUUCUUUACAGCUAGUGGAAAAUUAAUCAGUACAGUGAGCACGGGGUGCAAGAACCAAGGCACACAUCAGCUUUAGGAUGAGAUUACUCUCAUCUUUAACUCAAUUAUCUACAGUGACCAAAUUUCUACCAACUUUAGAUGGAGCAGAGGGUGGCUUGCUUAAAUGUCAGGUGAUCAGAGACACCCAUAGUCAGUGGGAAGGCGCUCAGGCCUACCCCACUGAUCCAAGGUGCAGCCCCUCUACAAUGGCUCAUGCCCACCUCCUGUUGAGAAUGAACCCUGUCACUCCACACAAUGACCUCACCACCAUGGCUAGAGCACUGACCAACAAAGACACAAGGAUUUGGCCCAGGUAUGAUGUUAGAAAGUGGACUUUCUGUAGUGACUGCUUGUAUUAUACUGCAGUGGCACAACUGAGCAUCCUUGGCACAUGCAAUCAGAGCACAAGAAAGACAUACACUUUACUGGGCAUCCCAUUAUUUACUGGGUAUUGAACAGGCUUGGAUAGAGUGUGCUUCAAUGGAAGAUACUGUGUUGGGUUUUGCCCACAGUAAUAAACUUCAUGUUUACUUCCUCAGUAUUGUGGACUUCUCAUAACAGUCAUUCCUCCCAGGGAUCUUCUAUUCUCUUCCACAUGUAGGCAUUGCCUUAAUCUUCAUUGUUUAUUCUCUAUUUAGAGAGACAUCUAAAGGAUUAGGAUCUCCUUAUUUCAUCUGCUAUUUCAGCUAAAUUGUGAUACAUCUUUCCGGGACAGGACUUCAGGGAGGACAAAUUGCUGUAGUUACUUGAGUAAAUAAUGAAGACCAGUUACAGCCUUUGAAGACUGGCCUGAGUCCAUGGAGCUGUUCUGAGACCAGUAAUUAUGAUGACAUGAAGCAUAGAUUUAGUAAUUACUUAAUUGACAAAAUAUCCGCUGACCUGAAAGAUAAUCUGUGUUUGGUGCAGUUUCAUGGCUAAAUUUUAAGAGAAUAAAACUAGCUGACAGAAGUGUAAUUCAUUAUAAUUUGGCAUAUUGAGAAGAAUUCUUUGGCCAUCAGUGUUUCUUGGAAAUACUUGUAUUGCACCUGCUGCAAGCUUUCUGAUACAGAAAUGCAUGCCUGUGGCAAGAUUUAACCCUUAUGCAACAAAAGAAUGAUAAAGAGUGAAAAUUGAUUUUAACAUUGCUAGACUUCUGAAGUUGGUUUAAGUAUAUGCUAGAGAAGCCUGCUUCACUUUUCUUAUAUGUCAAGUGCCUGGCAUUCCUGCUGAUUUCAUUUGAGUUUGUCCCUUCUUAAAAUGCUUUCUAGAUCUGAGCAAUCAAAAAUCAAGCCAGCCAAAAACCAAGUGCAAUCUGAGAAAUUUGUUUGUGAAUGUCUUUGACCCUGGCUAUGCCAUGCAGUUCCCUGCCCAAUUCCCCCUCAAAUUCUUCAGUUCAGGUUUCUAAUUUCUCCCAUGCCUGGUCAUGUAAAGGGAAUAUUUUCUCAGUAUUAAACCUGGCUGAAAACCCAUAAAUCACCUCAUUAUAAAUGUCUGUUUAUUCCAAGAGAAAAUCCAAGCGAGGGGAGAGACUUGGAUAAGUCUUGACUGGCACACAGAGUGCAGCCUCAGAGAAAGUGGGAUUUGGGCUGCCCUGCGCUGUGUACACUUAGCAGCUGAACUGCCUUCAAGUUAAUAUUUUUUAUGGGCUUUAAGCACCAGUUUACUAUAUGCAGUGUAAAAGCACCAGGUCAUGUAUUUGUAACCACAUUAUGAAAUAUUUAAUGUACUAACUGAACAGAUAAGGUCUGCCUCUUCUUAAAAGGCAUUGGUGGUAAGCAGGACUUUCUGCAGUGGACAUCUCUGGAUCCUCAGGAAGAGACCCAAGAAGAGGGUCAAGGAAGGUCUCAUUAGCUUAUUUUAAUGCUUAUUUUUUCUAACACACUUCUUUGCACCGUAACAAGUGACUUUUCUGUUCAGAAGGGUGAUGUGCUUAGCAGCUCUCUGUCUUCUACAUCAUCUGUAUUAAAAAUAGGGUGUGCAUCAGUUCUGCUGUCUGUGCCAACAACAGAUACAUGCCAAGAUGUCACCAGCAAGGUGAGAUCUGGAGACCAUCCCUGAUCUGGGAUUUGCACACAAACUUCAUCAGACUCCAGUUCAGGAUCAGACCAGGGAGUGCAUCAAAAAUAAAGGUACCUGUGAUUAUUGACCCUAGCAACAUUUAGAUGGUCAGUACCUGCUUUGCAGAAUAAUUUCACCAUAGACAAGGAAUCCUUAUUCACACUUUCACUUGACUGAGGCACCUGCAUCAAUAGCACCUGUCAUACGAGGAAUGGAUUAGAUAUAUCCCUUCCUCCAUUUGUGUGUGACAUUCAGUUUAACAGCUAUCAGUUCUGUGUCUGACCUUCCUAGCAUCUAGAAUGAAACUGACACUUUGUUUGCAUAUCAUUAACAUUAAAUUAACCAUUGGGAUCCACUCUUUGCUGACUCCUAACUCCUACAAGUGACCAAGGGUUCAUUUCAGGACUUGAGAUAUUUUUCAUAAGUAGGUGUGGGGAUUUCCUCUGCUCUCCUUGAAAUCGGUAAGAAGCCUUCUCAAACAUGCACAGGGAGCAGGACUGGGUCCUAAUCUGCCUUUAUUUAUGAAUUUCCUUGUAAAAGACAGGGUUGAUCUGGAGACGUUUUUCUUAGCUCCAUUUUUACACUGAUUUUUCAGUCACUAACAACACACGUCUGAAAGUUUUUGAAAAGGUGAAUCUGUGUUUACAUGGUGUGGCUUUCUUUGCAUCAUUAUUAUCAAUCAAGCUUCCUCACCUUAGAUUCAAGCUGAGAAGAACUCUUUAAGGCAGAAGUGAAUGUUUAGUUAAAUUAUACAGGUAUAGAAAAUGUGGUUUAUGUUCCACUUAAGGAGUUGGUCCUUUAAAUAAAAAAUCUAGUCAGGUAAUGGCUAUUGUCCUUGCCUUGGAUUUUCCCUGCACUGAAUUAAUCAGUCCAGCUCCUAUCAAAAUAAAAGGGAAGUCAGCAUGUGGAGAGAUUGAUUGGAAAGUCCCUAAACUUUGGCUCUAUUUGCUCUGUUUUUAUCUGUAACUUUGCUGCAUUGUUAUGGUUCAGAGAGGAAAUAGUUUUAAAUUUUUCUGCUUCAAAUUGUGACCCAGCAGCACCUUAGACUAAUUCCCACCUGAACCCACGUGUAGCAGGACUGCUGACUUGUGGCCUUCAGGCAAGCACAGUGGUCCAAUCAGUUUGCAAGAUCACAGCCUAAAUCAAUCAGAAAAUGCAGAUUAAGGAGUAAAUUCAGGCCUCCUGGGAGCCCCAUUGUUGCAGGGGUGUUACAUCUGCUUAUGGAAGAACCGAAUGUGUCCUGCUUAGUGCAGAGCAUGUGGGAAAGCUGGAUCUUGAUUCCAUGCACCCCACAGCCCCCACCUCUAAGCUUUAGGUGCCUGAGAGCUGCAAACCUAAAUUUUCUACAGCACCUCACUAAUUUGCUGUAAUACCACUUUUUCAGGAGCCCAUCUGAAUGUGGGUGUUCACUUUUGAAGACCAUUUUCAGAGGUGCAGAGAAGAAGGGGCCAUUUUCAAGUGGUUUUAGCUGGGCACUAAGGAUGAAGAUCCUGGGUAUGACUAUUGCUUCUGAUUGUUUAGGCUGUAAGAUUUGAUCCUUCCCAAUUCAGCUUUUAGUAGCUUCCCUCUGAAGUUAAGUGAAGCAAAGUAGUAGAAGUGGGAUCCUACUUCCAUCCUCAACAAUAUGCUGAGACUGAAGGUUACAUAGCCAAUUGCAUUUUGUUUUCUAGUUAUAGCAUCUUAUUAUUACUAGUAUUUGUGCCUUGCUCACUAAAAUUUUCUCCAUGCUACAAAGAUGCUUUUCAGAUUCUGGCUGACAAGGGAACACAACUUUUAUACAAGUGGCCUUUAGUGCUCUUUAUAAUAUUAUUUAUUGUAAUUUUUAAACUGUAUGUGUAAUUUAUAUUCUGGCACUGUCCAAUAUUUGAACAACUUUAAUAUGUUUAUUUCAAUAUAUUAUGCAAACAAUACUUCUUAACUGAUUUUUUAUGUUCUGUCUUUAAAAACUGCACCACUUAUUAAUAAAUAGAAAUUUCAAUUA